CUCAGAAAAGAUGAAGCUUUCAGUCGUCCUGUUUCUCAUCGCCAUCUCCACUGCAUUGGCCGGGAGCUCCACUGUGAAGACUCUGGUGUUCCCUGCGCCAUCCAGUAACAGCUAUGUGGAGCUGAUUCCUCGAACAAGGCUGCGCCUGAGGGCUUUCACUCUCUGCAUGCGUGUGGCCACUGAGCUCACUGGUUACAGGAGUAUCAUCCUGUUCUCGUACCGGACCAGCAAUCGCGAUGAGCUGAAUGUGUGGCGAGACUACUAUGGGGGUCUGUCCUUGUUCCUUGGUGAGAACUCCGGUGGCGCUAAGUUCAAGGUCCCUGACCCCAAAGCGUUGGAGACCCACCUGUGCGUAACCUGGGAGUCCAGUUACGGCGCCACAAACUUCUACGUAGAUGGGAGGAAGAGCGUGACCAAAAUCUACAAGCAUGGCCACACCACGCUCGCCGGGGGAAGGAUUAUCCUGGGACAGGACACUGAUUCCGUGGUGGGGAAGUUUGACUACUAUGAGAGCUUCGUCGGGGAGAUCUCUGACGUGAACAUGUGGAGCUACGUCCUCUCUGAGAGCGCCAUCCAGCAGAUGGCCUGUGGGGGGAGGCUGAAGAGUGGAAACGUUAUCAACUGGGGUUCCACACGCAUGACACUUCAUGGGAACGUUGAUGUUCUUCAUCAUAAGCUGUAG